AUGGCCAAACUAUUAAAGAAGAAGACGAUUCUUCUAGAUCGUGGCAGUAGUGGCAGUAGUGGUGGUAAUAGAAAAAAAUUUAAAAUUAAUACUUAUACCACUAAUUCAAAAGCAAAGGAAGUUGACAACAAACCAAAGACUUUACAAGACAAAUUAUUAGAUAUAUGGAAAGUAAUACGUUAUCACAAAGACGGAAGCAAAAUAGAAAAUCAUGAAUAUAGAGAUGAAGAUGAUUUUGUGAAUGAUAUGGAUUUAAUGUUUAAUAACGCCAAGAGAUAUAACGUAGAAGGAUCACAGAUUUAUGAUGACGCUGUAACCUUAUCGAAACUAGUAUAUAAACUUAUUGGUGGUAAAUUUGAAAACGAAGAAAAUCAAACUUACAAAAUUUUACAAGAGAUAGAAUAUAAAGGAGAAACUUAUUUUGUUGGUGAAUAUGUCCAUAUUUAUAAUGAAUAUGAUAAUGAAAAACCACAUAUUGUUCAUAUUUAUAAACUGUGGGAAAAUAACAAGGGAUUAAAAGGAUUAUAUGGUUGUUAUUAUUAUAGAGCUGAACAAACAAAGCAUAAUCUUUGGCAAAAAUUUUAUGAAAAUGAAGUGUUUAAGACAAACACUUUCCAGGAUCAUUUAAUACAUGAUGUGUUAGGAAAAUGUUGUGUUAUCAAUGUUAACGAUUUUAAAACUGGUUAUCCUAAAGGAUUUGAAGGAAAAUCUAUUUAUGUGUGUGAAUCGCGAUAUAAUGAGAUCAGCAAAACAUUUAAUAAGAUUAAAAAUUGGUCUUCACUAACACCAAAUGAUAGUCGUGCUCCAGCAAUUCGAUUUGAAAUUCGUGAAAUUCCUAUUGUAUUAAAUAAAAUUGAAAGUCCAUUAGCUGCAGAAUUCAAGGCUAAAAGGGUCAAAAAAGAAGACUCAUCAACAUCUGAAGAUAUAUUCUCUCCAGAUACUAACUAUGAUUCUCAAUCGGAUGUUCCAACAACUCAUUUGGAGAACAAAAUCACUGAGUCAAAUAAUGUGCCAUUGUCAUCUGCUAGAAUCAGAAUCACAAGUAAAAAACUCAACAUACAUCAUAACAAUGGAAUGGUCCCAAGUUCAUAUGGAUACCCGAAUUCAACUCAUAUACAACAAAAUCCAUCACAAUCACACUAUGUCAUGUCACCUUUUCCUUCAUCGCAAUAUUAUCAAAAUCAACAGCCUCAUCAUUAUCAUCCAAUUGGUCAACAAUUUACAAAUCAAAAUAUUACUACUUCAUAUACAAAUUCAUUUGCACCAUUAUCUUCUUCCUCUUUACAACAUUCACAAAAUGCAAUGCAAGUACCAUCAAAUGUCCAUUCCAAAGUUACAAAUGCUAAAUCAGAUGAAAUUUCAAUUAAUAAUGGAGUAAAUAUCAACAUUAGUUCAUCACAAGCCACUAAUGGACAAGAAAUCUUAAAAUCAUUUCAGGAACCUAAACAUUCAGAAAAAUAUAUUAAGCAUAGAGAAGAAAUUAUUGCAAGAAAUAAAAAGAGAUUGAGAGAAAUCGAAGAAUAUAAUGAUAAUAUUAAUAAACAAAACAAAAAACAAGCGACAAAGAUUCCUCAAGUUAAUGAAGCAGACUUGUUGAAGACCGUUCAAGAAUUAUCUAAUAUAUGGAAAAAUGAUGCAAUAAUAUUAAACCAAAGAUUAAAUCAACAAGAAAAUACUGAUUAUAAUUCUGGUGAACAACAAUGA